CCCGAAUGACAAUGACUUUUGAGGACAAGUCGAUAAUUUUCUGGCUCAACUCCCCGGUGCAAGGAAGAUCUCAACCGCAUGGGCCAGAAGAGAAGGAAGCUGCCUCAGAACCUGGCAGCGGGUCGGCCUCCGGUUCUGCAUCGACCGAAGUCAAUCUCAAGAAAGGCUACUAAGGCCAUAAUCAACAGACACCACUUGCUGCAAAAAAGGAAGCGGCAAGCUAUUGCCAAGGGCGAUAAGGCCGCGGAGGCAGCCAUUGACGCCGAGAUUGAAGCCUUGGGUGGCCUCGAGAGCUAUCAGGAAGCAAGUCUUCAAGGGCAGAGACAUGACCGCGGAGGCGACAGCUCUCGCGUGCUCAUGCAGUGGCUGGAGCCAUGUCUACUGGAAUCAGGUCGCCAGCUUCGAAUGCUGGAGGUUGGCGCGCUCAGCACGCAGAACGCCUGCUCUAAAAGCGGCCACUUUGACAUUGAGAGGAUUGAUCUGAACAGCCAGGAAGAAGGCAUCCUUCAGCAGGACUUUAUGGAGCGGCCCUUGCCACGGGAAGAGUCUGAGCAGUUCGACAUAAUAUCUCUCUCGCUGGUUCUCAACUACGUUCCGGAACCGAAAGAACGAGGAGAGAUGCUGCGCCGGACAACCCAGUUCUUACGCGCCCCUGGCCGAUAUGUCGAUACCCCUCAGCUGACAGGAAAAUUUCCGAGCCUCUUUCUUGUCUUGCCGGCUCCGUGCGUGACGAACUCUCGGUACCUCGAUGAGGAAAGACUGAGCGCCAUCAUGGCCUCGCUCGGAUAUGCGAUGGUGGCAUCGAAGACAACGCAGCGUCUGGUCUACUACCUCUGGAGAAGGGAUCGAGUUUGCAAAGGAAGUGGAGGCCCGUUCCCGAAGAAAGAGGUCCGAUCCGGAUCAAGUCGUAACAACUUCGCUGUUGUGUUGAGCUGAUCCGACCUCCAUGGGUUCCAACGCUUCCGGGCCAAGGCGAUGUGUCUUAGGGCCUAUUUUGUCUGCAUCACAGUCUGAGGGCAUGCCGUAAAGCGGUAUCCUGGAUAUAGCAAUCUGAUUUCGGCACUCCUGCUGUUGAUGCA